AUGUUGAAGUUUGAAGGAAACUUCCACAUGCAGUUACCCCUUCAAACAUUUGAGGAGUGGGAGAAAGGAGGUUGGCCUGCUUUCAUGGUGAAUACUAGAGGUCUUAGCCAGGACCCUUGUGAAAUCCCUCAUGCUUUUUACUUUUAUUUCGUGGAAGAAUCCGGCGGUGGAGGAUGGCGGAGGGAGGUGGUGACAACCUAUGUUCGGAGGUUGCCACGGCGGUUGCCGCCUUGCUUGGUUAAUGGAAAUCACUCGGCCGAUUAUGUGGAUAAGAUUCUCGUGAUCUCAUCAGUGAAGAGACUUGUUACGGAGGGAAGCAGAAGAGAAUGCUGUGACAUAAUACAAGUGGAGAAAGAGAAUUCUACAACGAUCAAGCUUAGGCCUUGCAUGAAAUAUGAAAUGACUUGGUGA